AUGAAUUUUAAAACCAAGUGUUUAAAUCCUCCACGUACAGCUAGACGUGUUGAGAAUCACAUUAAAGGUUGCCAAGAAGAGGUUAAAACUAAACUUAUCCAAGAGGCUUUUAAAAUAUUGAAAAAUGAAGUUGCUCAGGCGCAAGGCCCAAUUAAUGUUCAUAAUAAUGAUGAUGAUGAUGAUGAUGAAGGCGGCUUGAUAUAUAUGGAGACAUUGGAUUCAGUAAUGAAAAAUGAUGAUAAAUAUUGGCCUCAUGAUAUGAAUGAGGAGUACGUACAAGGGGGUGGGGAAGGGGGAGGGGGAGAAGAUGUGCAAGACAAUUUUGGUUACAUAUCAUAUCAGGAUACGCCACACAGACGUAUGGCGCGUUUAAUACAACGCAUCGGCCGUGUCGAUGAUAUAUCAAAUGGUAUUUAUCAUCCAACUUUAGUGCCAUUCGAAGACAAGCGCAUAGCAGGGUGCCUGCUGCAUUGUGUUUAUGCAAAAAACAAUGCUAUUGAUAAAAUGGGCUGGCCUACCCUGGAUGGUUUAGUCGAUUUUUAUUCGGAGGGCGUUAACGAACAUGGCUUCUUUAUGGCUACUUUGCGUUCAGUUAAUUUAUGUUUAAGAGCUGUUACCAAUAAAUAUCAUGUUGAUCGUCAUAAAUUGCCCGAAAAAGGUGAAAGUUGUGAUUUAGCUUUCGAUGUAUUCGAUUGCAUAUCAGAUCAAAUAACUGGUUAUUGUAUGGAUCAUUAUAAGCCAUGA